ACAUCACCAUUUCAUGGCAGGCGUUUGACGCAUUUGUUAAAAUUUCGACUUUUCGUGACAGCACGUCAUUUUCGACAUUUGAUUGAUAAUUUUCUAAAGAUCCAUCAAAUUAGUUUGUUUGAAAGUUAGUUUAGGUUCGAAAUGUUAACAUUUCAUUAGCUUUGUAGUUUUAUUACGAUGUGAUAUAGUGGGUACCAUUUUAGGUUGUAUCUAGGUAGUCCAUAAUGACUGCCCAAAAGUGUGUAGUGGAAGGUUGCAACUUGGAGUACGACGUUGUUUGCAGCUUUUCCUUCUACAAUGUAAACACAGGGUCAGACAGCGAGCCGAUCCGGCAAGAAUGGAUCGAGGGUGCUAUGCAGGAGGAGAGCGAGUGUCUAUGGCGUCAUGUCAGUCUACAGCUGUGCGGGUAUCACUUCGAACUGGACGCGCAAGGGCUAUGGAUCGACUCCCCCAUGCUACCAGAACUCCUCACUCUGCAGGAGCAGGUGGCCCCCAUCACACCCACACCCCAAGACAAGAGAGCCGCUGACAUAAUCCGGAUGGAACACAACUACAGCGAGGAGCCUCCGAAGCAUGAUCCUCCGGAGAAUGUGUCCAGGCUGAACGUUCGCCAGCUCGUUGACACACUUGGCUAUUUAUCUUUAAAGAACCUGCAACGCAAGCAGCUGUGGGUGGUCAAAGUGGAGACGGACAAGGCUGAAGCCUCCAUCACACAAGCGGAGCAGGUCAUCGCCAAGAUGCAGGAUCCCAAGCAGAUCAUAGAGAUCAUACCACAACCCCAGGCGGAAGCGGAGGACCAACCAGCUCAGAACGAGGUCAGCAUCAUGGAGGAGUCCACCAUCUCUGACAACUUCAUCUACGAGAUAGCUGAAGAACAGGAGAUCACUAUGGAUGAGGUGAAAGAGAUCCCAGCAGAGAGCAACAAGGAAUGGAUGGUGAACAUAUUACCUGAAGAGAACAAGCCUAAAUACGCGUACAUCAAGCACUGCACCACCGGCAAGAAGAAGCGACACUUCACCGCGGAGAUGAACGAAAUAACACUACAAGGCGACUACGAAAACUACUACAUCCUCCCGGACGCGGACCCGUCGGUGGGCGUCGAGAUCACGACCAGCUACGAGCCCGACAACUACAUAGUGGAGGAAUACGAGCACCUGGUGCUGGAGGAGCGCCCUCGCAAGCGCAAGGACACGCCCGGCGAGAGUGGGAGGAAGAAGAAGAAGCGGCUCAGCUCUUCCAUGAGGGAACAGGUAAAGCAGAUAAAAUCCGAAAUCGCCGAGGACUGGGUGAUAGACAACAGCAUAGUCUACGAGCAGGAGGAAGAGUACGACGAGAAGAAGGGCACGCCGCGCGUGCGCCGGAAAAAUAAGAAAUAUCUCGGGUACGACUUCGUUACAUAAAUAGAUACGGCGGUUUCAUCCAACUGGGGCAUCAAACAUACUAUAAA